AUGCUGGUUGAAACUCUCGCCGCCGGCGUCUUGCUGGCCGCCGGCGCCGCGACCAUGCCGAUAUCCAACCCCAUCGACAUCGUCAAAGCCGGGCCAAACGCGGGCGUGGUCAUCACAAAGUGCACCAGCCCGGGGAUGCUAGCCCUGGCAUACGACGACGGGCCGUACCAGUACACGUCGCAGCUGGUCGACGUGCUCGACAAGGGCGGAGCCAAGGCGACCUUCUUCUGGACGGGCACGCUGUACGGGUGCAUCUACAAGGAGGCCAAGGCGGUGCAGAAGGCGUUCGCGUCGGGCCACCAGGUGGCGUCGCACAGCUGGACGCACGGCCACAUGGGCAGCAUGAGCGCCGACAAGAUCAAGCAGGAGAUGACCAAGGUCGAGACGGCGCUCGUCAACCUGGUCGGCGUCAAGCCCGCCUACAUGCGGCCGCCCUACCUCGAGACGAGCGGCCAGUUCCUGCCCACCAUGAAGACGCUCGGCUACAAGGUCAUCACCGACGACAUCGACUCGGGCGACUGGGACAACAAGACGCCCGCCCAGUCGCAGCAAAAGUUCACCGCCGCCGGCGCCUCGGGUAACGGCCAUAUUCCUCUUAUGCACGAGGUCUACCCCGGCACCGUCAACACCCUGACGCCCUGGCUCAUCAACUGGGCCAAGCAGAACAACCUGAAGCUGGUCACCGUUGCCGAGUGCGUCGGUGAUCCGACGGGCAUGUACCAACCGGGCAACUUUACGGCCGCAACCGGGCCGUACUCUUGUUAA